AUGGACCCGGAAACAGAGCCCGCGCCCGAACUCAAGUGGUCUGCCCAGUACACACUCGCCAAUGCAACGCGAAACACGCUGCCCGGCGAUAAGGUCCUCUUGCCUCCCUCGGCCCUGGAACAGCUGCUCGCCGCAGCCCCCAUAGUCCAUGUCGAUGCGAACCGGCCGCAUGCCACCGCCUUCGACCCUUUCAACCCAUACACCUUCGAUGCCGAGCGCUACGCGAGAGCACAAACGCAGGACCAGGCAGGGGGCGGACACAGGCAAAAGGCCCGUGUGGGGAUUGGCAGUGUUUCGAGUGCAUGGGCUGGCGGCUUCGAUAUGGCGAUUCAUUGUGGUAACCGGUCAAGGCGGGGCAGAUAG